AUGCACCGGUAUGAGGAAUCAAGGGACUUGCAGGAAGGAUCAUUCAUCCACUGCUCUCCCGUGUCCUCACGUCUCGUGUCACCAUCCUUGGCGCGCUUGUCGGGGCCGUCCGGAUGGUGGCUGUCCCUAGAGUCGUCACAUGGCCAGCUGAUUCGUGGCAAGAAGACCCGGACCACACUAAGUCUCGAUGAUCUGCCUCAAGGGCCGCUGCCGUCACUGCCAGAAACUAGCACACCAAGGAGACGUGCUCCGCGCAGGAGUUCCGUCGUCCAAGUGACAGAGACGGGGGAUGACAUCGUCACAGACCCAGGCGCAGAGCAACCCAAGCCAGGAGAACAUGACGAGCAAGACGAGCAAGAUGAUGGCCCACAGUAUCCGACUGUCGUGAUGCAGGCACGUCGCAACAUGCAAAAGUUUGACAAUUGUGUCCUGCUGACCCGUGUCGGCGGCUUCUAUGAGCUCUACUUUGGCCAGGCUGACGAGUACGGGCCCUUGCUCAAUCUCAAGGUCGCCCAGAAGAAGACCAGCGCUGGCCCGGUAUCCAUGGCUGGCUUCCCCUUCUUUCAGCUCGACAAAUUCCUCAAGACCCUCGUGCUAGAUAUGAACUGCUAUGUCGCUAUUGCCGAGGAGUUCCCCAAUGAUGCUGGCGACAAGAUCAAGUCGGGCGGCCUCAUGCAUGAUCGCAGGGUCAACCGCGUCAUCACGCCAGGGACUCUGAUCGACGAGAACUUCAUUGACCCGUAUGCUAAUAAUUAUGUAAUGGCCAUCCAUGUCAACAGCCGGCUCCGUGACGAGCCCCCGGUAGAUGAGAGCAAGAGCGACACCUCUUUUUCAGAACUUGUCCAGCCAGUACCUCUUGAGGUUCCCCCUGUCGAUGCGGCCGAGUCCAUUGGUCUAGCAUGGGUUGAUGUCUCUACCGGCCAGUUCUACACGCAGUCCACGACGCUCUCUUCGUUAUCAGCGAUACUAUCUAGGGUUGCUCCUCGAGAGGUUGUGGUAGAUGAUGUGCUCGAGAGCCGGAGGAAUCACAGCAUCUUCUCCGUUCUGGCAGAGGACAAGCAUCUGAUCACCUUUGCGCCGCAUACCAAGCAGGUUCCCAUCUCCGAGUGGACGCCCAUGCUUGAGACCGAAGUGCCAUUGCACACGUCGACCGCCUUUACCGGGGAGGAGAUUGCGGCGGGCAGUCUCCUGCUGCAAUAUGUGAAGGACCGGCUCUUCGGGCUGAGCAUCAAGCUGCAGCCGCCGCUCCGCCACGAGAACCUGUCCGUGUUGACAAUUGACAAAAAUAGCAUGCGAGCGCUCGAAAUCAAGCAGACCAUAAGGGACGUGACAUUUCGCGGGAGCCUCUUGCACGCAAUACGCAGGACCGUCACAAAAGGGGGUGCUCGCCUGCUCAACACGUGGCUGAGUGCGCCGUCGACCUCGCUUGACGAGAUUCACGCACGGCAGGACCUGGUCGAGCACUUUAUCCAGAACGAAGACCUGCGCGAUCAGAUCAUCAUUCUCCUUCGCCGGAGCCAUGACUCUCAGCGGCUCGUGCAGAAAUUCGCGUUCGGGCGAGGCGACGCCGACGACAUGGUUGCACUUUGCGACACCAUUCGUGCCGCGGAGAAUAUUGUUCAACUAUUGAACGAGCAGUCGCCUGCCGGAAACACAAACGACUGCUGUGCGUCGCUCACAUCCCGGAUCAAGCUCGAAGACCCCCUCGCACUCGCGCAGCGCAUCCGCACCUCCAUCGACGAGGAAGGGCUCGUACAGCAACACGAGACCGAAGAAAACAACGCCACCAUGCUUGCGAGUCUCGCUGAGGACGUCGUUGCCUCAGAGGGCACACUUGACGACGCCGCCAUCCUGCCCAAGACCGUACUAAAACGCAAGAAGCCAACUUCCAUACGGGACCACUACUCGGACGAAAAUACCGUGUUCAUGAUGAGGCCCGAGGCGAGCAGGGGCCUGCAGAAGCUGCACGCCAAGCUUGACGGUCUCAUGCAGGAGAAGGCAGACCUGUCAGAGUCGUUGCAGAAGCAGAUGGGCGCGGCGAGCCUGACGCUCCGCUGGACGCCGAACCUGGGCCACAUUGGGCACGUCAAGGGCAAGGAUGCCAGGAAGGCAGCCGCACUCUCAGCAUCGUCGCAACAGUACAGCGCCGUCAGCUCGAGCCGGUCGACCCGCGCGAUGCACAUCCCGGAGUGGACCUCGCUGGGCCAGCGCAUUCACCAGACGCGGUACCAGAUCGGCGUCGAGGAGCAGCGCAUCUUUGCCGACCUGCGAGCCCUCGUGGUUGUCAACCUCGUCAAGCUGAGGCAGAACGCGGCCGUGCUAGAUGAGCUCGACAUUGCCACUUCUUUCGCCAAGCUCGCCAUCGAGCAAGGGCUCGUCCGCCCCGUGCUGAACGACGGCACCGCCCACACCAUCAUCGGUGGGCGCCACCCUACCGUCGAGGGAGGGCUCCGCGAGCAGGGACGCACAUUCACCAAGAACGACUGCCUGGUCGGGACGCCCGGCCAGGGCAGAGUCUGGCUCAUCACCGGGCCCAACAUGGCCGGGAAGAGCACCUACCUCCGCCAGAACGCGCUCAUCACGAUCCUGGCGCAGGUCGGGUGCUACGUGCCAGCGGACCACGCCGAGAUUGGCAUCGUCGACGCCAUCUUCUCGCGGGUUGGCUCCGCCGACGACCUGUACCGCGACCAGAGCACCUUCAUGGUCGAGAUGCUCGAGACGGCGCAGAUCCUGCACGGCGCGACGGGCAGGUCGCUCGUCAUCAUGGACGAGGUCGGGCGCGGCACCACGCCCGAGGACGGCACGGCCGUCGCGUUCGCGAGCUUGCACCACCUCGUCACGGUGAACCGGUGCCGGGCGCUGUUUGCGACGCACUUUCACGGCUUGGCAGAGCUUGUGCGCGAGAAGGGCAUGCACGUCAGGAGUCCCGGCGAGGACAGCAGCAGCAGCGAAGGUGAGGUAGCAAAGCGAGGGCAGGCUGGGCAGCAUGGCGCGGUUGAGAUGUACUGCACUGAUGUGGCAGAGGACGACAGGGGAGGGUUUGUCUACGUGCACAAGCUGCGGAAGGGCAUCAAUCGGCAGAGCCAUGCGUUGAAAGUAGCGCGCCUGGCUGGGCUGCCUGAGGCUGCGGUAGAGGUGGCUCGGGAGGUUCUAGCAAAGGAGCAGCAGGAGGACAGCAGGAAGGGCAGUGCCGACUACGAUUGA